CUUCGUUUUUUUUCUUUGGAAACCCUAGCGUUCUUUCCCCACGGCUCCUUUCCCCUUCUGGCUCUAAGGUUUUCUUGGUCGAGUGGAAAAUGAAGGUGAUCGCUGCCUACUUGCUUGCCGUCUUGGGAGGGAACCUUUGCCCUUCUGCCGCGGAUCUGAAGGAUAUUCUCGGAUCUGUUGGAGCUGAGGCUGAUGAUGAUAGGAUAGAGUUGCUGUUGUCCCAAGUCAAAGGCAAAGAUAUCACCGAGCUAAUUGCAUCUGGAAGGGAGAAGUUGGCUUCAGUUCCUUCAGGUGGUGGUGCUGCCGCUGUUGCUGCUCCUACAUCUAGUGGUGUUGGCGGUGGUGCUGCACCAGCUGCCGAGGCCAAGAAAGAAGAGAAGGUCGAAGAGAAGGAAGAGUCUGAUGAUGAUAUGGGUUUCAGCCUCUUCGAUUAAGCCAGCAAAGCAAAAUAU